GCACCUCCUUCAGGCCUCCACUGGUGUCAGUGAAGCUGUAAACUGGGCUAAAGCCUCCUUUCCAACCAACACCAUCCCCUUAGGUUGGGCAAGCCCACUGCAGCCACACACACUUAUUCUUCUCAGUUGCCUCCACCACCUGGACCACUAGCUAACACCCUAAUUGUUUGAGGUCUAGUGUGGUCUCCUUCCCUAUGCACCAUGGAGCAGGUUAAGUGUUUCAGUAACUCUUUCUUGACACUUAAUAAAUAAACCUAAACUUUAAAACUUCUUUUUUUUUUUUUUACAGUAUAACUGAAUGCUGAACUUUUUAACUUCUCUUUCUGUCUUUAGAGCUAUGGAAGGUGAGAUGAACCCUCUGAUCCCCUGGCCCUUAAUGGGCCAGUCUUCUUGAGUUGCUGUGAGGGGUGGGUGUUACUUCAUGAAUAUCAUUACGAAACCAGCUCAUCUUUAAGACGUUUUCUAGAUUUAGCUGUUUCUGUGUAAAUUCUAGAUUUAGCUGUUUCUGUGUAAGAAUAAUAUCCACGAGAACCUAAGGACUCAAGGGACCACCAUAAAAUAUAUACAUAUAUAUAGAGAGAGAAUACAAUGCAUUCAGUCUUAAUGAAGCAAGCGGUCAACUGUAUACAUUUGAAAACGCAGUGAUAGGAUGGUGCCCAGCCCUUGGUUAUACUAAGAAAUACAUUUUGUGUUCUACUUUGAUUUCUACAAUAAGUAUGCUGGGAAACCAGCAGACUUGUUUUGCAAUUUGUAGAGGUGCAGCCGACCGCUUUUAUGUACCUUCAAAGUGCGGUCAGCCAAGUAGCAGGGUAACAAAUCCGGCAUUUCCUUCUCCUCGCGCUCCAGCUGCCCAUGUCCUCGGGAUCUGCCAGAGGGGGCUGCUUGCUGACAGCGCGGCAGCCAGGCUCCCGGUGGAAUCUCCGCUCAUUCUCAUUUCCGCCGGGAAGCAAAGGCAGAGCUGAGCUCAGCUGCAGAGGGGCAGCGCACACAUUUACAGGGUCUCGUUGUAUUCCUUCGGAAAAGCAGGGAGCAUUCCAAAGUGGUCCGAAUGUCCAGACUGCAAAUCAGAUAGCAGUAGCUGGAUCCUUGCUGCUGACCCGGAGAAAAAUUGUCUAGUAGUCACUUUGCCAGUUUUGUGAGCAAAUUAGUCAUGCCCUCAUUUCGAAUUUGAGUAGCUGCAAAACAACUCCUUUGCUAGCAAAGUUCUUUGGUGUCCACCCUUUGUAGGCAAAGCAAAAAAAAAAAAAAAAAAGAUUUACAAGGGCUAGGAUGUUUUCGGGAUUAUCACUUCAAUCGAAUAUGUGUCACUUUGGAUGCUGAAGUUGUUAUGCUGUUGCUUCUUCGAUACAAGACUCAAAUCCGUUAUUUCUCAUCAUUUGGGUUUUAGGAUUUGCACUCUGUGUUUUUUUUUUUUUUUUUUUCGGGCUUGGCAUGUGUAAAUCUGUUGCUUCGCUCCUUUUCAAGGAAUUGUAAUUUGUGGCUGUCGGAGAGAGCCUGGUGCUCCGUUUUAAAUACCGUAUUUGCUUCGGAAUUUUUAGUCAAAGAGAAGGAGAUGAAGACACGGGAACGAUUUCCUCGAUGUGACCCCCUUCUAAAAUUUCAAAUGCUGAGAGGAGUUAUUCUUUUGGGAAAUCUGUUUUGCUUGUUCUGCCUGAGCAAAGCGCAGGAGCUGAAUCCCAGAGGACGGAAUGUGUGCAAAACACAAGGCUCUUCUGCUUUUACAUGCUGCUCAGGCUGGAAACAACAAGGUGAUGAAUGUACAAUACCUCUGUGUGAAGGAAAUUUUACCUGCAAGCAAAAUGAAGUGUGUGUAAGGCCUAAUGAAUGUCGUUGUCGCCAUGGUUACUUUGGGGCCAACUGUGAUACCAAAUGUCCCAGUCAGUUUUGGGGACCAGACUGCAAACAAAUGUGUACUUGCCACCCAAAUGGCCGGUGCGAUGACAUCACUGGAAAAUGUACCUGCAAUGCCAAUCGCUGGGGUGUCAAAUGUGAAAAUGCUUGUAUAUGUCAACGAGGAAAAUGUGACCAGGAGACAGGGAAAUGUGCAUGUGACGCCAACUGGUGGGGCCCACAUUGCUCCAAAACAUGUUAUUGCAGCACUAAUUCAGUAUGUGAAGCAGCUACUGGAAGGUGCAUCUGUCAGUCAGGAUGGUGGGGGCGCCUGUGUAACAACCAGUGCAUUUGCAACAAUUUCCCUUGUGAUCAACUCAGUGGAAGGUGCCAGUGUCGAGAAGGAACGUGGGGUCCUCGAUGUGAACGACAGUGUCAGUGUUAUCAUGGAACAUGUAACCCUCAGGAUGGAAGCUGCACCUGUGACCCAGGAUUUAGAGGAAAAUUUUGCAGGGAAGCAUGCCCUGCAGGACUGUAUGGACAAGGCUGCAGAAGGCGAUGUGGCCAGUGCAAAGGACAGCAGCCAUGUAGACCAGCUGAUGGGCAGUGCCUUGCUUGUGAGGCUGGAUGGAAUGGAACCAGGUGUGACAGGACCUGCAAUCAUGGUUUUUAUGGAGAAGGUUGUGAAGAAGUAUGCCCACCUUGUAAGGAUGGGCAUGCCUGCAAUCAUUUUGAUGGAAAAUGUCCACACUGUAACCCUGGCUGGAUUGGAGACAGAUGUGAAACAAAAUGUCCAAAUGGAACCUAUGGAGAGAACUGUGGAUUUGUGUGCAAUGACUGUAUUAAUGGUGAAUGCCACUUUACAACAGGAGAAUGUCAGUGCAGCCCUGGCUUUUAUGGUUUAUCCUGCAACAUGAGCUGUCCUCCUGGACGAUUUGGAGUGAAUUGCACAGAGUUCUGCUCAUGCCAUGAUAAUGACUGUGAUGCAGCCACUGGAGCCUGUACCAUGCAACUCAAUCAGAGGAUGGGUGCAAUUGCUGCCGGUGCUCUUGUGGCAUUUCUUCUUAUCCUCAUGUUGUCUUUACUUUGCUGUUGCUGCUUCUGCCGCAGAAAAGAUGAGAAAACUGGUGCCAAGCAGGAAAACUGCACAACGAAAAAAGUCCAAAGACGUUUCUGUGGCAGAUUUGGUAGGAUCAGCAUGAAACUGCCUAGAAUUCCACUAACACGACAGAAACUACCAAAGGUUACAGUUUCUCCUCAUGAUAUGGAGAAUACUUUUAACUGCAGUUUCAUUGAACCUCCGUCUGUUGUGGAUCAACCAUCCCCUUCGUGGUCAUCACGUGGCUCAUUUUCAUCAUUUGACACCACGGAUGAUGGGCCAGUAUACUGCGUGCCUCAUGAAGAUUCAAUAUGUGAAAAAGAAAAAGGGAGCCCCAAUUAUGUUGAGAAACUUGCUCCACCAAUCAGUGAAGAAGAUGCUGGAGAGUACACCUAUCUGAAAGAGACAGGAUCCAGUAACAUAAAUCCUGCUGAUACAAGUGAAACCCCACUUUUAAAAUCCUCAGACAGUGAUGGAUCUUCCAGUGGUUCAGAAUCUACCAGUGGAGCCUUGUAUGCUAAAAUAGCAAGACUGUCCAAACAGUCAAAGGAUGAUGAGGAAAAUGCACCUGACUGCAAGAUUACAACUGCUGUUGGCAAGCCACCUUCCCCUGAGAGAAUUAAACCUCCUCCUCCUGAUCCUUCCACAAAGCCAAAAGUAUCUUGGAUUCAUGGAAAGUUUAAUAAUCAGUCAUAUUCCUUGCCUACAUCUAGAUCAGCUGGGAAAGCAACAAGUCAGUCUGAUAUUCCAGAAAAUAGUCAAGGGACAAGCAUGAAGGACCACAGCAGAAAAAGAAGCCCAAGUGAGACAUCUGGUGGCCUUCAAAGUAAAUAUGAUGAAGUUGCAAUCAUGAAGCACAAAGAAAAAGGCCAAAAAAGUAAAGAAUCCAGCACCCUGGAGCCUCAAAGUGCAUCCAGAUCUAAGCAACGGAACAAAGCAAAUCAGGAACAACUAGGAAAUAUCAAUGGUGCUGUUCAAAAUGCUUUAAAGAAGAUUGGAAACUUUCAUGCAGACAAAAAAGGUAUAGAAAUUAAAGAGGCCCCUAAAAGCCCAAAUCACAGAAAAUCCAGAUCUGAUGGCAUACCUCCACAGCUCUCAUCAGAGGCUGCAACACAGCUAGCAGCACAACUUAAGGAAAAGACUCAGAGCCUCAACAGGAGUGAAAGCAAUGUGAAACAGAAUGGAGUGGCUUCACCCCAGUUUCAAAAGGAAAAGCCUACACCUCCUCAGAAGGCAAAACGUUCAGUUUCUCAUGUUAGUCAGAAAUCAAGCAAUGCUACGUUACCAGUUUCCACAACGUCUCAAAAAAUAAACAUGCCAUCACCUGAUGUGACAGCUAAAGAAGAAAAAAAUGUUGAGAAACAGGACUCAAACAAUAUCCAUGAGCCGGUUGGCAUGCCAAAGAAAGAAGCAGGUGACCAGGUACCUAAAAGGACACCAAUAAAGAAGCCACCUAGAAAGAAAAGUAAAGAAGCAACCUUGGACAUUGAUUCCAAAAAUCAUCCCAGAACCCCAGUAUUGCCACCACAGACAGUCAAGUAGGAAUGCAAGACCUGUUUUAAUGUCCUGGUCACAUCCCAGAUGGCAUCAAGCAUCUCUCUGUUUCAAAGUAGAUAGAGCUGGUCCAGCAGUAAAAAAUAAAUCAAUAAAAUUCCUUAUAAGGAUUUUACUGCAAGUAAAAUCCAAACUCAAUAAUGCUUAAAAAUGGAAUUCCCUCAAAGAUUAAGAACAUCUGGAUCUUAGUAAUACAUUUAUUCCUUUCAAGUAAUUUUCAAAAACAAUUUUGUUGAAGGUGUGGAAAAAAGAAGGACACAAAUACAGUAUAGUGUUUAACCAGAAUGGAUAUAGGGAAAGAAAAACAGAACUGAGAUUAUCUCAAGACUGUAGUGCCUUUUUUAUUCAUGUUUACUGGGUAUUUCUUCUUCAUUUCAGUCUUUGUUUAUCUGAAGUAUAAUAUUUAAAAUCUCAACUUUUAUGAACUGGGAUGAUAUUGUUUAAAUUAUGAAGAAGAAAAAAUAAUGUUGGUAUGGUACUAUUUCUGAAAUGGAGAUAAGAAGAAAUAUUUUGUGAUGAAUGCUUACUCAAGAUGCAUUUUUAUUAUUUUAAUCUUAAAUGACAAUUUUAGGUACUUUUUUCCAAAUAAGGUUACUAGUUUGAUAUAACUUACAAAGGAAAAUGUUGAUUUUCUGAACAGUAUUAUUUUAUAUUUGCAUAAGCAGUGCUUAUAAUAAUAUAAAUUCUGUGCUGUCCUAUAUUUUUUUCAAAUAUGGAUAAGCUAGCUUUUCAUAUUGUAUUCCACUUUGCUAUAGCAGUUUGCUUUACAUUGGCUGAAAACUGCCAAAGACCAAAGAUAAACAUGCAUACUUUCUGCUUCUAUAUAUUCAUGAAGAGUUCAUUAGAACAUAAGGGACUACAGUUUUGUAUUUUUCCUCCAGAAUACUGGUAGUGGUGAUGUUUUUAUACAACUGUGUUUUACUACUUGCAUUCAGCUUUACAGCAAUUAAAUAGUGAGUCUGAAAGACA